AGAUUCUCGUCAUCGCUCGUGGAAGGCACAUCGCAAACGCCGCUCUCGUUCUCGAAUUUAGUGUGAAAGCUCAGCCGCCCACCGCCCGCCGGAAAAGUCUCGCGAGUGUCCCGAAAAAUCGAGUUAACCCCCAAAAAAAUCUGUCAAAUAAAAUCCUAACAAAAUGAGCAAGUUCGCUUGGGUGACGCUGACGACAAAUGACACGUACUCACUGGGUGCCUUGGUCUUGGCACACUCACUGAAACGGGCCAAGACCGCCCACCAGCUGGCCGUCCUGGUCACGCCCAAUGUCUCGCAGGCGAUGCGCGACCGACUGAAUGAGGUCUACAACGUGGUGCAGGAGGUCAAUGUGCUCGACUCACAGGAUGCCGCCAAUCUGGCGCUCCUCUCCCGCCCCGAACUGGGCGUGACCUUCACAAAGCUCCACAGCUGGCGCCUCGUUCAGUUCGAGAAGUGCGUCUUCCUGGAUGCGGACACACUGGUCUUGCAAAACUGCGACGAGCUGUUCGAGCGCGAGGAACUGUCGGCUGCUCCGGAUGUCAGCUGGCCGGAUUGCUUCAACUCCGGCGUGUUUGUGUUCAAACCUAGCGUGGACACCUUCGCCCAGAUCACAGAGUUCGCCGUGAAGAAUGGCAGUUUCGAUGGCGGUGACCAGGGUCUGCUUAACCAGUUCUUUGCCGACUGGUCGACGGCGGACAUCAAGAAGCAUUUGCCAUUCGUGUACAAUGUGACGGCCUAUGCCUCGUACUGUUAUCUGCCCGCCUUCAAACAGUUCAGAGACAAGAUUAAGAUUUUGCAUUUCGCCGGCAAGCUGAAGCCCUGGCUGAUUCAGUUCAAUUCGGAGACAAAGGUGGCCAGCGUUUCGUCGGAGUAUGCCCAUGCCCAGGAUCUGAUUCAGCUGUGGUGGAACAUCUUCUGCGAGAAUGUCAUCCAGUCGCUGUCCACCGAAAUGCAAACGCCAGGAAAUGUGGCUAGUGAUCGACCCGCGGGAGAAUUGGCCCAAGGGUCCAUUUCAGAGUGCCUUUGCCUAAAUAUAAUACGCACGCAAAGCGAGUUCGCGGCGGACGAGCUGCAUCAGCGGCAGCAGCAUGAGUUCUACCAGCAGCAGCAGCUGCACCACCACCUGUUGCAUGUGCGCCAGUUCCGCGAUCCUUGGGCAGAUUACUAUGAGAAUCUGGAGAAGGAGCUGCAGGAGCAGGAGCAACAGCGCCACCAGCAACAGCAGCAGCACCACAAUCCCAGCCAGAAUCACAGCCAGGACAAUGGGAACGCGGAUGCAGCUGCGAAUGAGACCGAUUGCACGAUUGCAAAUGCAAAUGCAAACGCAAAUGCCACUGACUGGCAUCAUGACGAUGCAUGCCACCCAACUCCGCCGACGAGUCCUCCGCCUCAAGCCCAAAACCAAGUCCACAAUGCCAAUGCCACUGCCAAUGCCGAAGACUUUGCAUCCGUAGAUGUGAAUAGCAAUGAGCUAAACAUUUCACAGCCACCUGAACACGCCUCCUACUCCUCCGACACAGCCACGCCCACUGCCACAGCCACGCCCACUGCCACGCCCACUGCCACGCCCACUGCCACGCCCACUGCCACGCCCACGCCUCAUCAUUCCGUGCAUAGUCAGACAGUAGAAAAAGCGACAAGCCACCAACAAGAACAUGAAGUUGCAGCCACAACGCCGCCUGAGGCGGGUCUGGCUGGUGCUCUGUCACAGCUCCGCAUCGGUCAGCAGCGCACUCCCGAACAGGAGGCCUACGAGAACCAGAUGCGCCGCCAGUGCUGGGAGUCUGGACAGAUUGACUACUCCGGCGCCGAUUCGUUCGAGAACAUCUGGAAGAAAAUAUCGCAGACGCUGGAGAGGAAGACCGAGAAGGAGUCGGAAGAAACUGGUAGCUCAUAGAUACAAAACCGAAACUAAACAGAACAAACAAAUGCAAAUCGUUCGUUAUUCGUCGUUUUGUUGCCAUUUUUUCUUGUACACGCGCACACACGUACACACCCACCCCCUUCUUCUCCACCCAAUUGAAACCCCCACACACACACACAGACCACACAAUCGUAUUUUAUCCCCCCGCCCCUUUGGGCGGCAGACGCACUGUUGCCAAUGUCAAGGAGCCCACGGUGUAAUUGAAAUUUAAGGUUUGGCCAAAAAAUGUUGUCGAAACGAAUUCUUCGGAAUGUCAUAAAUGCAAUUUUUAUUUGCCUCCCCUGUGACAGCACACACACACACACUCGCAUCUUGUUAAAAAGAAUGAGCGAGAAAGCACAGAAAUUUUAAUUAAGUUUUCAAAUUAAACUUUUUGCACUGCUGCUACUGCUGCUGCUGCUGCUCUCAACAUACGUGAUGUGAUGCGAUGUGUAUGUGGGCGACACACUUGGCACAGUUGCCCCAAAGAACCCUACCCCUCCCCCUGCCCCUCCCAGCCCUUGGACAAAAUCGAGAAAAAAUGAGCACACUUGGCCCGGCCACAAAGUUUUACACUUCAUUGUGUUUUAAUUGAAAUUUUUGUACUUUCACCCACUCGUGUGCUUACCGAUUUAUGGCGAUGACUUUCCAGCUCAUCUGCAUCAAAACUCAUUGUGGCAUAAAGGCCAUUUCCUGUCCUUGCCCCCCUCCUACCCUUUUCCCCUCCGCCGCCCAACACAUAUGUACAUAUGUUUUUCCUAUGAAUAAAACGCAAACAAUGAGUGUAUACAAUAACUCUAGAAAAGAUAAACGAAAACCAUUUAAAAUAAAGUAAAAAUCAAAAAUGAAAUUGUAGCCCACAUGUUGUGGCUAUUGUGUA